AUGUCGUUAUCCGAUUUCGAAACCUCCCACGGCGGAACAUCGGAGUACAAGCCGUUCCGCCAAAUCAGUCGCGAACGGUUAUUAUAUGAAAUGCUUGGAUCGGCAAAGUCACCCGAUUCGAAGGCAUGGAAGGUGCUCAUAAUGGACAAAGUCACAGUGAAAGUUAUGUCACAUUCGUGUAAAAUGGCAGAUAUUACAGACCAAGAAAUUUCCUUGGUGGAAGAUCUAUUUCGGAGAAGGCAACCAUUACCAUCUUUGGAUGUUGUUUAUUUCAUGCAGCCUUCUAAAGAGAAUGUGGUCAUGUUCCUGUCUGAUAUGUCUGGAAGGGAGCCCCUGUACAAGAAGUAUGGGAAGCAUUCUAAAUUUUCCCCAAAUGAAUAUUGUUUCAACUUUUUUAAGCUUAACUCAGGACAAAACAUGAAUUUCGAAUAUUUUCCAAUAGAUAGCCAGGGGAAAAAUGAGUUUUCUACUGAGAUGUAUAUGAUGCAGGGGUUUACCACUGAUCAAGACACAGCAUUGGACGACCUUUAUGGCAAUUACCAGAAUACUCGCAAAUUUAACACCAGCUUGAAUACUAUGGCAAUUCGAAUAGCUACAGUUUUUGCUUCCUUGAAGAUGCUAAUGGACUGCUCUCGACUCACUGAAACGAGAGAGUUACAGGAGUUACCUUGUGUGUGGUAUCGUGCUGCAAAGGAAAGUGAAGAGACUACAGCAGCAGCAGUUCGAGAAUUAGUUCCUACCAAGCUUGCUAAUGCUGUUUGGGACAUGGUUUCUAAAUAUAAAUCUACCAUUCCCGGUUUUCCACAAAAUGAAACUUGUGAUCUGCUCAUCAUUGACAGAUCCGUAGAUCAGAUUGCUCCUGUCAUUCAUGAAUGGACUUAUGAUGCUAUGUGCCACGAUCUGUUGAAUAUGGACGGAGAUAAAUAUAUGCAUGAGGUUCCCAGCAAAACCGGGGGUGAACCUGAGAUGAAGGAGGUCCUUCUACAAGAGCAUGAUUCAGUCUGGCUUGAACUUCGCCACGCUCAUAUAGCAGAUGCUAGUGAAAGACUGCAUGAAAAAUUUACCAAUUUCGUAUCAAAGAACAAAGCAGCACAAAUGCAACAAAGAGGAAGGAGGGACACAAUAACAGGUAGGCUUGACACAGAAUUAUAUAGAGCCGGAGAACCAUGGGAAUUAGAGAGAGCAAGGAAUCGUCAGGAUCUAUAUAGUGGUAGAGUACAUAAAGAUGGUAAUGAAAUAUCUACGCGAGAUUUGCAAAAAAUGGUUCAAGCAUUGCCACAAUACACUGAGCAAGUGGAAAAGAUUUCACUCCAUGUAGAGAUAGCUGGAAAGAUCAACAAAAUUAUCAGAGAAACUGAACUUAGAGCGCUUGGACAGUUAGAACAAGAUCUUGUUUUUGGGGAUGCUGGAGCCAAGGAAGUUAUUACCUUUUUAAGAACAAAGCAGAGUACAACUCCUGAAUAUAAGUUGCGUUUGUUGAUGAUUUAUGCAUAUGUCUAUCCAGAAAAGUUCGAGGGCGAUAAAGCUUCAAAGCUGAUGCAGUUGGCAAAACUAUCACCUGAUGAUAUGAAAGUUAUCAGUAACAUGCAACUGCUGGCGGGAUCAUCAUCAAACAAGAAAUCAUCUACUGAUGGUGGGUUCUCACUCAAGUUCAAUAACCAGAAGAUAAAGCAUGCAGCUCGCAAAGAUAGGACCGACGAAGAGGAAGAAACAUGGCAAUUGUUUCGAUUUUAUCCCAUGUUAGAGGAGCUCAUUGAAAAUCUCAAUAAGCGUGAAUUGCCCAAGGAUAAAUAUUCGUGUAAAAAUGAGCCAAGUUGUAGUAGUGUCCCUCCAGGGGGUUCAACUAGAAACGGUCAAAAACCACAGGCAGCUCCGACCAGUGCUCAUAAUUCAAUUAAAUCCAGGAGGACAGCAAAUUGGGGACGAUCUCGUACUUCAGAUGAUGGAUAUUCAAGUGAUUCCACGUUGAAGAAUGUGACUGCUGAUUUCAAGAAGAUGGGAAAGCGAAUCGUUGUGUUUAUUAUUGGCGGGGCUACUCGAUCUGAGCUGCGAGUUUGUCACAAGUUGACUACAAAAUUAAAAAGGGAAGUAAUCCUAGGUACUACUUCCAUGGAUGAUCCUCCACAAUAUCUUACGAAAUUAAAGUUAUUGGGCGACAGCAAAGUUCCAGUAAUGGAUGGCCUCGGCAUAUAA